AUGGAUGAGCUAGUUCAGGAGCUAGUUCAGGAGCUAGUUCAGGAGCUGGUCCAGGAGCUGGUCCAGGAGCUGGUCCAGGAGGUAGUUCAGGAGCUAGUUCAGGAGCUGGUGCAUGAGCUGGUCAGGAGCUGGUCCAGGAGCUGGUGCAUGAGCUGGUCAGGAGCUGGUUCAGGAGCUGGUUCAGGAGCUGGUUCAGGAGCUGGUCCAGGAGCUGGUCCAGGAGCUAGUCCAGGAGCUAGUUCAGAAGCUGGUCCAGGAGCUAGUUCAGGAGCUGGUCCAGGAGCUAGUUCAGAAGCUGGUCCAGGAGCUAGUCCAGGAGCUAGUCCAGGAGCUAGUUCAGAAGCUGGUCCAGGAGCUAGUUCAGGAGCUAGUUCAGGAGCUAGUUCAGGAGCUAGUUCAGGAGCUGGUCCAGGAGCUGGUCCAGGAGCUGGUCCAGGAGCUAGUUCAGGAGCUGGUUCAGGAGCUGGUCCAGGAGGUGGUCCAGGAGGUGGUCCAGGAGCUAGCUCAGGAGCUGGUCAGGAGCUAGUUCAGAAGCUGGUCCAGGAGCUAGUUCAGGAGCUGGUCCAGGAGCUAGUUCAGGAGCUGGUCCAGGAGCUAGUUCAGGAGCUGGCCCAGGAGCUAGUUCAGGAGCUGGUUCAGGAGCUGGCCCAGGAGCUAGGGUAG